GCCGUGCGGUAGCAACAGCGGCAACGGCGGCGGCGGCCGGGAGGGCGCUGGUACUUGGGACGCGGAUGCCCUUCGCGCCAGCCGUCCAGUGGGCAGCGUCGGAGCUCUGCCCGGAGCCCGGAGCCGGGGGCCGCGUCGGGAGGCGCGGGCGUCGGAGACCUGCCACUUCGCCCAGCGCCGCUGUUUGGGCUUUCCGGCGAGGUGGGAGACCGCCCUCCCUGUUGGCCGACUUCCGAGGAGACCCUGAUUUUUCCAUCACUGAGGCUGAGCGGUUCUGGAAUCGGAGCAUAAGAGGAGGAGAAGUGAACCUUCUGUAACUCUUCGGAUCUGGCCAGGCUCUGGUCAACCCUUCGCGGGCGGGAGAUCACAUUGGAGCAGCCACUGGGGUGCAGGAAUGGAAGAACCCACCUUGCAUCUUUCCUGCGGUGUUGCUUGCCCGAUCCACCUUUACGAAUGAGGAGGACACUUUUAAGAAUCCCGAUGAAAUCCUGAAAGCCAAAUGGCAAAGAAGAUACCACAGGACAUAAACUAGUGGUCGUUUGGGGGCCACACACGUUUCUGGAUGUAAUUGGACAAGCGUGGAAGAGGUGCCCUAUUUAAAAAGCACAACAAUCCCUUACGAGGAAAAAAAUUGAGUUUCCCCAUUUUUGCCAAGAUUUUUGAAGACUGUUCAAUGUAUUGUACAUUUGAUAUAAGAUGAGAGCUUUAUAAAAUAUUCUGUCCAAGAGCGUAAACGAUGACUACCCCAGCCCUGCUGCCCCUGUCUGGACGAAGGAUACCACCUCUGAACUUGGGGCCGCCUUCCUUCCCCCAUCACAGGGCUACCCUGAGACUUUCUGAGAAGUUUAUCCUCCUCCUCAUUCUAAGUGCCUUCAUCACCCUGUGUUUUGGGGCAUUCUUCUUCCUUCCAGACUCUUCAAAACACAAACGCUUUGAUCUGGGUUUGGAAGAUGUGUUAAUUCCUCAUGUAGAUGCCAACAAAGGGGCUAAAAACCCUGGAGCCUUCCUGAUUCAUGGACCCGAUGAACACAGACACAGGGAAGAAGAAGAACAUUUGAGGAAUAAAAUUCGAGCUGAUCACGAGAAGGCCUUGGAAGAAGCAAAAGAAAAAUUAAAAAAGUCAAGAGAGGAAAUCCGAGCAGAAAUUCAGACAGAGAAAAAUAAGGUAGUCCAAGAAAUGAAGACAAAAGAGAAAAAGCCACUGCCACCAGUCCCAAUACCAAACCUUUUAGGAAUAAGUGGUGGAGACCCUGAAGAUAAUGACAUAAGAAAGAAAAGGGAAAAGAUUAAAGAGAUGAUGAAACAUGCUUGGGAUAAUUAUAGAAUAUAUGGAUGGGGACAUAAUGAACUCAGACCUAUUGCAAAGAAAGGCCACUCCACUAAUAUAUUUGGAAGUUCACAAAUGGGUGCUACCAUAGUAGAUGCUUUGGAUACUCUUUAUAUCAUGGGACUCCAUGAUGAAUUCCGAGAUGGGCAAAAAUGGAUUGAAGACAACCUUGAUUUCAGUGUGAAUUCAGAGGUGUCUGUGUUUGAAGUCAACAUUCGAUUUAUUGGAGGCCUACUCGCAGCGUAUUACCUUUCAGGAGAGGAGAUAUUCAAGAUUAAAGCAGUCCAAUUGGCUGAGAAACUCCUUCCUGCCUUUAACACACCUACUGGGAUUCCCUGGGCAAUGGUGAAUCUGAAAAGUGGAGUCGGGCGGAACUGGGGCUGGGCAUCUGCAGGUAGCAGCAUUCUCGCUGAAUUUGGGACACUGCACAUGGAGUUUGUCCACCUCAGUUACUUGACAGGGGACCCAGUUUACUACAAAAAGGUCAUGCACAUUCGCAAACUACUUCAGAAAAUGGAUCGUCCAAAUGGUCUUUAUCCAAAUUAUUUGAAUCCAAGAACAGGUCGCUGGGGUCAAUAUCAUACAUCAGUUGGCGGGCUGGGAGACAGUUUUUAUGAAUAUUUACUGAAAGCAUGGUUGAUGUCAGAUAAAACAGACCAUGAGGCGAGAAAAAUGUAUGAUGAUGCCAUUGAGGCUAUAGAAAAACAUCUUAUUAAGAAGUCCCGUGGAGGCCUUACCUUUAUUGGAGAAUGGAAGAAUGGGCACCUGGAAAAGAAGAUGGGGCAUUUGGCCUGCUUUGCUGGGGGAAUGUUUGCACUUGGAGCAGAUGGUUCCAGGGACAAAGCUGGUCAUUAUUUAGAGCUAGGGGCGGAAAUUGCACGUACAUGUCAUGAGUCAUAUGACAGAACUGCAUUAAAGCUAGGCCCCGAAUCCUUCAAGUUUGAUGGUGCAGUAGAGGCUGUGGCCGUCCGGCAGGCUGAGAAGUAUUACAUCCUCCGUCCAGAAGUCAUUGAAACCUAUUGGUACCUGUGGCGAUUCACUCAUGAUCCAAGAUACAGGCAGUGGGGCUGGGAAGCAGCUCUGGCUAUUGAGAAGUAUUGCCGAGUCAGUGGUGGGUUCUCUGGGGUGAAGGAUGUGUAUUCCUCGACUCCCGCCCAUGACGACGUGCAGCAGAGCUUCUUUCUUGCUGAAACGUUAAAGUAUUUGUAUCUGCUGUUCUCCGGCGAUGACCUUUUACCUUUAGAUCACUGGGUGUUUAAUACAGAGGCUCACCCUCUGCCCGUGUUGCAUUUAGCCAACACCACACUUUCAGGAAAUCCCGCUGUUCGAUGAAAGCAGCUUCAGAAAGACCAUUCUCACCUGUGUUUUGUUUACAUGGACCACUGUAGAAGUUCAUCUGGAGUGGGGACUUCUGAAAACCUGAACCUCUUAAGUCAACUUGACAGGGUGAAACAUGACUCAUUCCCCAUGGACUUGUCAACUUGUAGAUAUCUCAACUUUGAAAUGAUUCCAUUUUAUACCUGACCAAAACAUAUUCCAGUAUGUGUAGGACGGAGACCUCAUGUGCUUUGAUUCUUAAGGAGAUGGUCACAUGAGAAAUGCCGGUUAUGACGAUACUGUUUUUAGAGUCCUGGAAUCUGGAGGCUAGACUUCCUAAGAAAAAGGCAAGAAUGUGGAGCAUCAAAGCAGGAGUUAGAGAUGGCCUUUGACACCAGUUUAUACUUGUCUCCUCCCAAAGUGGAGCAGCUCUCAAAUCAAAUAUGUAUGCAUUGUUUAGCCCUUUUUUUCUCCAUUUUUAAUAAUGGAGUGAACUAAAAUAAACAAGAACAAAUGAACAGUGUCACUGUAUCAGCAGCAAGAAGACCCGGAAAAGAAACAGAAGUACCUACCCCUGCCUGAAUUUUCAAGUUCCCCAUUGGAUGACCAGACUGGCAACCAUUUCAAAUCCCAAUCUAUUCCAUUGAAAUUUCUUAGUUAAAUUUAAUUUUCUCUGGGGGCAUGAUCUUACAAAGAAUAUUCUUCAAGUUUUGUCUCCAUAUGGAAUCACUGAAACUGUUUGUCAUAACCGCUACUUAUGAGCCUGGGUUUGGGAUUUUGUGCAUGUCGUGUUGGUAGCAUGACAAAAAGUGGGGGAAAUGCGCAGUUUGUUCCCUUGAAGCCUGUUCUAAGGGAAAGCAUUGGUUUUGUUGGUAGGAGAUUAUUUUUCCAAACCAGCAAAUCUACCAAGUAACUUUUAACCAUUUUAACCUCAUUAUAAACUUAGUAGAAUCCCUCAACUUACAACAUUACUUAGAUGGCUUGACAAAAUCCACUAUCAGCUCUGAAUUUACCUUGGUGAGCCAAAGUACUUCCACAGCUUAUUAAGUCAGAAACAAAAUACAUAGAGUGAAACUUCCUUAAGUAGUCUUUAUCUGAAAUGGGGAAAUGGGAUCCUUUAUUAUCUCAUCAGAUGAGUGAGCUUUUCAAAAAUAUUUUUAUGUAAAAAUAAAUUUAACUUUUAUUUUCUCCAAGAAUAUUUAUAGAAAUCCAAAGAGUUAAUCAAAGUAGCUGCAAAAUAAUUUUUGGUGAUAAAAGUGUGCUGCAAUUAAUCAUAUUACACUGAAUUUGGGAUACAAUAGCUAAAGGAUAUUCUCGUACCAUCAAUAGAUUUUGCAGUGAUAUUUCUUUUUAAAUAAAUUAAUAUUUCUUUAUAUUUGGGGGAAGAGUUUAAAUUUUAUCAAGAACUAUGUUGUAAGAUAAAUAUCUAAUGCUUACAAAUUUUCUGUCCCUUGAAUUUGUCACAGUGCAAGACACUUUUUCUUCUUUAUAUUUAAUACAAAAGCUUCCAUUGACAGUAAAAGUUGGGAGUAAUAUAAUUAGUCUAAUAUUUACUGUGCAAAUUUCAUGAAACAAUGUUUGUGCAAGAAACCCACCUUGGAAUUCUGAAGGCUUACUUCCUUAUUUAUCUAAUUGCUUUUCUUUUUAACCUUUCUUGGACAUGUAGUAGAUUUAAAUUGGAAAAAGAUUUAUAAAUAAAUAUAAUUGAAUAUUUUCUAAGGGCGAUCAUUUAACCUCACAAAUAGUCAAAAAAUCUUCACAUUCAGCAAAUGCUCAAUAAUGAUAACUACCCCAAGAUUGUUUAGUAUACAUAGAAAACAAGUAUGUGGCCAGUUGCAUUACUUAAGUCUUAAAGAGAGUUAAAUUUUAGCACGUAUUUUGAAAUUGUAUUAUCUUUUACUACUUGAAAAUAAAAAUUUUAAGUGAGACGUGUAGAUGACUGUAACUUCAGAAGAGAAAGGGAAAGAAAGUACUUGGUUCUCAAAAACAAGUGGAAAACCUGGGUGGGCAAGGACCCAGAAAAGCUGUGUAGAUGGCAAUGACCCCUCCCUCACUUUAUUUAGAAGAAUUCAGAGUAAAGGGCCCUUCUGGGCUCCCCGGGAACUCCUCGAGGAGUAAGACACAACCCUCACUCCUAAGUGCUCUGUUGUAUUUCUCAAGUGACUGGAACUUAAAAGAAAGCAGACAAAUGUACAAGCCUGGCCAGUUCUGGAACAAGCACAGAAUUUGAGAGGGACAGUGGAAGGGUCUUCCUCACCACCCCCCUACCUUCUUUGUAAUGAUGAGACAACUAGAGCUUAAAAUAAUGCUUCCAUUUUUUCCUUCUGAAUACCAAAGGCAAUUAAAUUAAAGUCGGCUACAAGUGACUUGCCAGCAUCAUGUUUUAUUUUUGUUACGGAUUUUUAAAAGUAUUUCCUCCAAGAUCAAUCCUUAUGCCAUAUUCUGCUUAGUUUCCAAGACUAGUCUUUACUUUCUUCUGUUCUUGACAGUCCUUUGCAUUCUGUAGACCUAUUACUCAGGUUAAAUAACUUGUUACAUAUAUACAACCUUCUGCAAAGGGACUAGAUACGCUCCUUUCCCGGUGUCUCCUCAGAGUAGACACCUUACUUUGUGCCUUUGGCACAAAUAUGCAAAGUAGAUCAGUUGGUACAUUAAAAAAAAAAAAAAAAAAAAAGAGGUGGUUGAAUACCCCUCUAACUUCUACGUGUAUUUAUUUUACAAUUUUAGAAUCACACCAUUUUGUUCAAACCAGUAUAAAGUUGUCAAGGCCAAGAGAACGUGGCCCUAACCAAAAAGAAGGCUCAGUGCAGAAAAAUUAGUCCCCAGUUAGAGGGUUCUUCCUUUCCGGUGGGUGUAUGCUGUGUGGUGUCUCUCCGACACCAGCUUAUCCCUGUCUUUGAGCAGAUGUAUAUGUGUAACUGAGGACUGAAGGAAUGUAUUCCUUUUGUGGAAUAUUGACCCUGCUUUUCUGUGGUGUAGAUUUUAACCAAGCAGUUUGAAAUUCUGAUCUCAUCUCCACUCUCCAUUGCCAAAGUCUUUGUCAGAACUACAAGUAUGUUGAUAAAAGAUUGUGCCUGCCAUUCUUAUUAUGCAAUUUCUCCCAGACCCUGGAUUUCUUAUAGUGAACGCAGGAGUCAGCGAGAGAAUGAGUGAACAGCGUGAAGCGUCCACCCACGCUAGACAUUGCGUUGGGCACUAUCAGGCAUCAGAACGUUUUGUGAUUCCACUGGCGUUUUCUGUGAGAAUAGUUUGUACCAUUUUAAAUGGUUUCCAGUAUGAAUCAUGUUUCAAAAAUCUUAUAGUCCAUUGAAAUUACAGAGCAAAAGAAAUUGUUUAUAAUAUAUUUUAAACACUGUGUUACUGUAUAAUCCCAAGAGCUAUAAUUGUAGUUAGUAACUAAACUCUCAGAAAUGUCAAAGAAAUACUUGAUUUCUGAUGCAACAUGGGCUAAAAUAUUUAGAAAUAAAUGCAAACAUUCUUAUUUUGCUAUAUCACUUUAAUUGCAUAAUUAAAAAUGUUUUCUAGAAAUGCUGGCUAUUUUAUAUUCAGAAUUUUUUGUCACAUAAUUCAUGGGUAAAACUUGGAGUUGUAUAUUGUUUUUGCUCUGUGUCCCAGUAAUGGUUCCAUGCUGUUAAAUAUGAAGAAAAAUAUACUAAAAUAUUUCUAAGUUCCAAAUAAUAGUUCCUAGUAAUAGUACUUUAAAUAGUUAUUUUCCUUUAGGUUUUCUUACCCUUAAACUGGCUAGUUCAUAUCUUAUCCAUUCUUUACAUAGAUACAUACAUAAAUACAAUUUUACCCAUAGAGGUUUUCAACACCAUGUGUUUAUUCAUUAACAAACACAGUUGUUAACUGGUUUUGGCUGUACAAGUUCUAAGCAGAAUAUUUGGGUAACCAAAUAUGCUCUGGAGAUAUUUUAAUGGACUUGUUCUGGUUCAAGAACAUUGGUGAUGAUGAUUUUCUGUUACUUUAGCUCAUUCAGAUCAUGAUGGAGAUGUUCUUUUUGUUCUAUCAUGCCUCAGCAAGCUUUUCUGUAAAGGUUCAGAUAAAUAUUUUAGGCUUUGUGAGCUACCCUGUCUCUGUCUCUACUAUGCAGCUCUGCUAUUGAAACGUGAAAGCAGAUACAGGCAUUAUGUAAAUGAAAGGGCCUAGCUGUGUUCCAAUAAAACUUUAUUUACAAAAACAUGGAGGGCUGGAUUUUGCCCAUGGGUCACAGCUGUUAACAUUGAUCCCAAAGUUUACUUUGUGUAAGACCCUGUAGUCUUUGAUCUGUACCUUUUCACUGUAUUUGAGUUACACGAUUCAUUUUAAAGUAAAAAGAUGUGUGUAUGUACGAGUGUAUGUAUCUGUGUAACCUAAAGCUAUAUAUUUUGUUGUCUUGAAAAUAGAUAUACUCCUGGAGUCAGUCAUGGAACUGUCAUAGAAGAGGCAUAUUUUUUGCUCUUGCGGUGUGCUAUCAGCCAAUACCCUUACCUUGCCAUUCUGUGCCACAAUGCCAGAGUCCCCAUGUAAAAUGAAGUGAUUCAGUGGUGUCAAAAUAGUAAUUCUCUCCAAGUUCUGCCUGCUUAUUGACCUUUGGACCAGGACUCUGGAUUGCUGGGGCUGCAGAAUCCCUCCAUGAGUACUCUUAGAGCCCUCUGUUAGGAAUAGGACAAUUUCUGACCUUUGUCCUGCAGGAACCAAUCUUGAAAAUUCCCAGCAACAGAAAAUGGAUUAUGUGCCACAUGGCAGCCACUAUUACUUCUUUAGACUGCAGAAGGGUACUGCCCAUUCCCUCUAGAAAUGCCUGAACCUGAGGAGUGCAGAGAAAGGUGUAUCCACAAGGACAGUUCCCCCUCCUCUUCCCUUGCGUAACUCUCCCGAAACCCUUCACAAGUCACUAGCAUUAUUUCAGAAUUUCAGUAUGCAUCAUAUUUCAAUGAAAAUGUCUGUCGCAACCUUACACUUACACUGUUUAACAAGUAAUCCAUUUUAAACUUUGAGUUCAGUGGAACUCAUGAAGUGACCCCAUGUUACUAGUGUUGCAAUGCACAAUCAUCAUCCUUAGAGAUAAUAGAUUUUUUGCUAAAAAGUUUAUUGAAUAUUUCAUGGUUUUUGGAAAUUCUGGAGGAGGGGAAGCCUGUAUUCUGAGUGACAGGGAGCUGCCUUUCUAAGUCCAACAUCCUAUGCAGAUCACUCCAGCUCAGUGUGAAGUAAGCGUACAAAUACACAAGCCCACAUUAAUUUAUUACACACAGGAGUUGAAACAGUUGCAAAUGUCGCACAGCUCUUCGCAUGUCACAGAAUUCACCCGGACAGCGCCAGGAGCUCCAUGGAGACAAGCUUAGCUCUCGGGGAAAAUUAUUUUUUAGAAAAUUUAGAAAUUAGAUUUUGUUGGAUUAAUUAAAUAACGUAUCCCCAGUUUUAAUUACUGGAUUUGGACGUUGAAAUGCAAUUGCUCGAACAAACUGGUCUUAAAUUCACCGAUACCAUUUUUCUUAAACUAGAAGUGGGGUAGGUGUAACCUCUUAAAUCGGUUCCCACGGGCCGCUCCUGAGCUGAUUUCCAGUCAUGUCCUCCAUAUGUAAUUUUUAUAAAGUAAAGGUAAUAUUGUAUAUUAAAGGUCAAAUAAAGAUGUUCUUUAAGUGAAAAAUCUUGAUUUAUCCUUCAUUCACACACGGAUGACAACACAGUUCAAUGUUCUUCCUAUUUACAGAACAAAUUUGUCUUUUACUAUAACUGACAGUCUUCAGU